AUUUUAUAUGUAUUUGUUUGCAAAUAUAUUAUCGGUAGUCUGUGCGCAUUUUGUCAUAUUAAUAUUUGUUACUCAAACGGUAGAAUUCUAAGCAAUUACACAAUUCUCAAAAUUUAAGAAAUGAUAACAUUAAACAUUUUUGCGCUUUUUUUGCUCGUAUCCAUUUUUAUAAAAGAAGUUGGUAGUGUCCAUUGCUAUGCUUGCAACACCCGCGAUAACGAAGAAUGUGAUAAUCUAGACGAUUCCGGCAAUAGUACAUUAACAACGACUUGUGAAGAUACGUGUGCCACUGUUAAAGGUCAAUGGGGCAACAUAAAUGCAUAUGAACGAAGAUUUUUACUUUGGCGUGGCUGCGGUCCCAUUGCAGAGUGUACACAAGCUCAAGCCAUGUGUUGUCAUUGCAAGGACGACUAUUGUAAUUUUGGAAAUGUCUGCUUUAGUCACUCUAUUAUUCCCAUAUCCAAUAUUGUGCUAAACUACCUCUACCCACCUUCCGAGGAAAACUCUUUAAACCCUCUCCAGCACUGGAAGAAGUCAUAUGCCCCCAUAUGAGCGAGGAUCACUCAUUACUCUAUCAUGCGAAAUUUGUCUUGAACUUCGUUAAUUGCUUAAGGGAGAGCAAUCCCGCAGAGAUGUUGGCUCCUGUUAUGGAAACACUGCCUAGAUUAUUUAAUCUUUUUUGAAUUUUGUAGUAAACGUUCCCAAUUU